UGACGAAGUACUUUUGCUAGGCCCUUGCUUUCGCGGAGGAAAACAACCUCUCUUUCCGUCGGCCCCCUCAACCAACGAGCAACCUCCCUCCGCGCGGCACGGCGGCGCCGGCGCCGGCGCCGGCGCCGCUCGCCACCUCCAUCGCAGCCAGGUAAUGCUGGAUGGCCUCAUGGGUGAUCAGGAAAGGCAUAGGAUCUUGAUGGUCUCUGAUUUCUUCUAUCCUAACUUUGGUGGUGUGGAGAGCCAUAUAUACUAUCUCUCUCAAUGCUUGUUAAAGCUGGGACACAAGGUGGUGGUUAUGACGCAUGCGUAUGGAAAUCGUUCUGGCGUGAGAUACAUGACUCAUGGGUUGAGGGUUUAUUACAUUCCUUGGAGACCAUUUCUCAUGCAGAACACUCUGCCAACAUUUUACGGGACGUUGCCGAUCAUGAGAACGAUCCUCGUUCGGGAAAGAAUUACACUGGUGCAUGUACAUCAAGCUUUCUCGACUCUUUGUCAUGAAGCCUUGAUGCACGCACGCACUAUGGGUUAUAGAGUUGUAUUUACUGACCAUUCGCUAUACGGUUUUGCCGAUGUUGGCAGUAUUCACAUGAACAAGGUAUUGCAAUUUACUCUAGCAGACGUGAGUCAGGCCAUCUGUGUAUCUCAUACUAGUAAGGAAAAUACAGUUCUUCGGUCAGGGCUUCCACCGGAGAAGGUCUUUGUUGUACCUAAUGCUGUGGACACGGCCAUGUUCACACCUGCUCCAGAAAAUCCCAGAAGUAAUGAUGAAAUCGUUAUCGUUGUGAUAAGUAGAUUGGUUUACCGGAAAGGUGCAGAUUUACUGGUUGAAGUCAUUCCAGAAGUAUGCAGAUUGUAUCCUCAUGUACGGUUUGUGGUUGGGGGCGAUGGACCCAAACGAGUGAGACUGGAGGAAAUGAGAGAGAAGCAUUUCCUUCAAGAUAGAGUGGAAAUGUUAGGUGCUGUACCUCAUUCUCGUGUACGCUCUGUACUGAUUUCUGGCCACAUUUUCUUGAACAGUUCUUUAACAGAAGCAUUUUGCAUAGCCAUCUUAGAGGCUGCCAGUUGUGGACUAUUGACUGUCAGUACACGUGUGGGGGGAGUGCCAGAGGUUCUACCAGAUGACAUGGUUGUACUUGCAGAACCUGAUCCUUUUGACAUGGUGCGAGCAAUCAAGAAAGCAAUUACUAUACUUCCCACAAUUGAUCCACAAGAUAUGCAUAAGCGUAUGAAGAAGCUCUAUGAUUGGCAUGACGUUGCUAGAAGGACAGAGAUCGUCUAUGACCGUGCUAUGAAAUGCUCCAAUCAAAAUCUUUUGGAACGGCUCACCCGGUACCUCUCAUGUGGAUCCUGGGCUGGCAAGCUGUUUUGCUUGGUCAUGAUUAUCGAUUUUUUGUUGUUUCGUCUUUUGCAGUUAGUUCAGCCUGCAAUUGAUAUCGAAGAAGUUCCUCAUAUGGCGAUGUCCCUUGGAGAAGGUAGCAGUGCAGGAGACCAUACUCCAGAGCAGAGCUCAAGAUGAUGGUCGACCCCGCGGUCAAUGGCCUCAUUUUUUUCAUUUGUCGGUAUGCAAAACUCAAAACUCACGUCUUUUAGAUACUUCGUAGCAGAAGAGAGCUCAAGGUAACUCCCAACGACCGCCUUAAAUUUUGUCAGAUGGGUGAAGUGCGUGCCUCUCGAGAUGUUCAAUCUCAGAUCUUGCUUUUAGUCUGUUCACGGAUUUGAUGUGAACGUUUACGGUAAUACAGGGGGAGAUAUUCGUACAGCAACAGGUCACAUGUUGCCAUAAAAAGCAGAUGACAAGAGACAUGGUUAUACCGCGAAAGUGUCGCGAGCUCGAGGCGGGAAUCCAUAAAGGCUUUUGCGUCAGGCUUGUGGUUCACUCGCGACUCAUGAAGGGGAGAAAGAAAAGAAUCGAAGUAGGAAUGAACGAGGAAAACUAGUGCAACGAGAGAAUGGUUUCUCGAUUCUCCCUACUGGUCGCCAUGUAAUUUAAUCGAUGAUUGUGUCGAUUUAGAUGGUUAUUGUAUCGAUAAUUGACUAACUAGCUAUAUCACCUGCGGUUGAGGUGACUAGUGAGAAGUACGGUUGCAUGUAACUUCGUGCAUUUUACACAGGACGUACUUCGUUGCAUCUCUCAAGAGAUUUUUUACAGAUUUCCUGAUCUAAGAUUUUGUACUUAUCUGGAAUUUUUCUGUGACACGAACUAAGAUAAUUUGGAGUAAAUACGAUAGGGUUGUAUUA